CUAGCAGUAGACAAGGAACUCACUCCCUGCAGAGACUGCUGCAUCAGUUUGCAGUCCCUAAGGCAGUGGGAUAGAACUAAAAACCUUGUGCCUUUGCAGCGGUGAGUCUGUCUCCCUGGUGGCCUUUGGUAAUCUUCUCUACUUGGGAACCACACUUUAAUCAGACAUUCCCGCAAUUGGUUUUCCUCAGGACAACAGCUGCUCAGCAGCCUCUAUUUCUUUCUCCCACUACUUUCUCUCUCUAACGCCGGCAACCAGACCCUACUCCAAGAAGAGUAAAUAUAACCACGCAGGCGUCCGGGAAUUCCUUCGCUCAGACUUUUGGGAAAUGUAGUCCAUGCGACUGUGACGUCAUAGAGAGCUAUCCAGUACGUCGCAAUCCGGUUGUUGGUCUCUAAGAGUGCAUCUUACCCAAAGCUGGGCACCAGUCCUGCCCUGCUGUGUCUCCUGCUGCGUCUCUGACUUGGAGGACGGGCAGCCCGAGUCCGCCUUGGGCGUCUGGAACAGGAGAGCUGCCGGGGAGCGCGGAGUAGAUGAUAGCGCAAGGUCCAGGACUGCAAGCUAACGAUGGUCAGCUGAGGAAAUGCUGUCCUUCCGGGAUGUGGCCAUUGAGUUCUCUCUAGAAGAGAGGGAAUACCUGGAGCCUGCUCAGUGGAAUCUGUACAGGGAGGUGAUGUUGGAGAAUUACAGCCACCUUGAUUUCCUGGGUCUUGCUGUCCCUAAGCCACACCUGGUGACAUUUCUGGAGCAAAGACAAGAGCCUUCAGGAUUGAAGACACAAGAAGCAGCCACCGUGUACCCAGGAACAACAUCCAAUGAUUAUAAUGUUUACAACAAGACCGUUGAUUGUAACUUCUUAAGUAUUCAGCACCAGAGAAUUCAUACAAGGGAGAAACCCUACAAGUGCAAAGAAUGUGGUAAGGGCCUUAGUUCUUAUCAAACACUCUCUAUGCACAAGAGACUUCAUAGAAGGAAGAAAACUUACAAAUGUGAGGAGUGUGGUAAGGUCCUUAGAUCUUCUAAAACACUUUCUAUACACCAGAGACUUCACACUGGAGAAAAACCCUACACGUGUAAAGAAUGUCAUAAGGCUUUCAGUUCACGCUCAUCACUUUUUAUUCACCAGAAAAAUCAUACUGCUGAGAAACCCUACAAGUGUGAAGAAUGUGGCAAGUCAUUUUACUAUCCUUCAAUGCUGAAGCAACAUCAAAGAAUUCAUUCUGGAGAGAAACCCUGCACGUGUGAAGAGUGUGGCAGGGGUUUUUAUCAUCCUUCAUUCCUUGAGAAACAUCAAAGAAUUCAUUGUGGAGAGAAACCAUACAAGUGUGAAGAAUGUCACAAAGCUUUUCGUUAUCACUCGCGGCUUAAGAAGCACAAGGAAGUGCAUAGUGGAGAGAAAGUCUACCAGUGCAAAGGAUUUCCUAAGCCUGCUCUCCUCAGUGAGAACAAGGCACCUCAUACCGCAGAGAAAGCCUACAAGUGUGAGGAGUGUGGCAAGUGUUUUGCAUCGUCUGCAUCCCUUACACGUCAUCAAAGAAUACACUCUGAAGACAAGUCGCUCAAGUGUUCAGAGUGUGGCAAAAUGUUUUCCCUCAUUUCAAACCUUCAAGAGCAUCAGAGAGUCCAUACAGGGGAGAAACCAUACAAGUGUGAGGAGUGUGGCAAAUGUUUUUUCUCAUCUUCAUCCCUUACACGACACCAAAGAAUUCACAGUGAAGACAAUCCUUACAAGUGUGAAGAGUGUGGCAGGCGUUUUCACUCAUGGUCAGCCCUUAAAGGACAUCGUAUAGUUCAUUCUGGAGAGAAACCCUACAAGUGUGAGGAGUGUCACAAAGCCUUUCGUUAUCAUGCAAGCUUUAAGGACCACAGGGCAACUCAUACUAGAGAGAAACUCUACAAGUGUAAACUCAGUAGAAAAGGAUUUACUAAGCCUGCUCUCCUCAUUUGGAACAAGACAACUCAUUCUGCAGAGAAAGCCUACGAGGAUGAAGAGUGUGGCAAGUGUUUUUUCUCAUCCUCAUCCCUCAGAAAACAUCAAAGGAAUCACUGUGAGGACACUCCUUACAAGUGUGAAGAGUGUGGCAGGUGUUAUCACUCAUGGUCAGACCUUCGAGGACAUCAAACAGUUCACACUGGAGAGAAACCAUACAAGUGUGAGGAGUGUCACAAAGCCUAUCGGCAUGUGUCAUCCUUUAGGAAACACAGGAGACUACACACUGGAGAGAAACCCUGCAGUAAUGACAUCUCUUUGCGGUAACCCCCAGCAGUUAGUUCAAGCAGUGUGUUUGAAACAUGUCUUGAUUAGUGACUCUUUCUUCUGUAACUGUAAAUGUUCCAUGAAACUGUUAUUGUGUCAUAACUAUGUCCAUUGUUUGUCUCGAAUCUGGAAUAUGGGCUGUGGCAUAGUUCCUGUUGUUUUCCCCAGUAGAGUCAUUCAUGCUUCUGGAAUAUCUCCCCUGGUGUGUAGGAAGGUCUGUCUCCGAGGUAGCAGGUUUUCACCCAGCAUCUGGCUCCUAAAUUCUUAUUGGUAAAAUAAAAAGAUAGACCUUAGUUAACCCAACCUGAAGAUUCCUCAGGUCUAAGGCCUUGGGAGCAAGGCAGCAGAAGCAGCUGCAGAGGCCCAGUCCUCAGAUGAGGCAGUGAGAGUAUCAGGUGCACCCGCUGUGGCUCAGAUAAAAAACAAGUGUCUGCAAUGCAAUGAUGGGAGGAAAGUUAUGAGAAUAGUCAGUCACUUUCUAAGUGGAUUUAAAACUUUUCCACAAUUGGUAACUGCUAUGAUAUUAAUUUGGUGAUAUACUUCUGCCUGGCUAGGUGAUAAGCCCUAGGAAGAAUUUAAUGUUAAUUAGAAUUAAUUCUAAUAAGUGGAUACUAGAAAUGAACCUAAUCUUUAUAACUACAGAGUAAGGCACCUCUCAGCAUCUACCAGAAAAUAUUGUGUUGUAGAUGGAAAAUAAACACAGAUGCAAAUUAGUCAAAAUAUAAAGAAUAGUAGCCUGUGGCGAGCCCCAGUCUAAAAGUGACACCUGUGUCACACAUUGUAAAAGAAGUUCCUUACACACAUCUAAAGCCCGAACUCAUGGAUUCCUGAGGAAAAGAGGGAGAAAUCCUGUCAGAGCCAGGUAUAGUAGAUGUCUGCAUUGUGACAGUAGAAAUACGGAAACAUUCCUACAACAGUGUAACAUUGCUAGACAUGUCAGUAUCCUUUCAUGCUUGUACAUACUGUGGCUGUUACUACCUACACUACACUUACACAGGCUAAACCCCUUCAUACAGUAAGCACAGUUGCAUAAGGGCCUCACCAUGUAUCCCUAGUGCAGGAGCUGUUGGCAAUUGGCUCCUGAGGAAAAGAGUGCUCUGAGAGUCUUCCAGGGUCCUGUCAACUGUCCUCCACCCGUACACAUGGAGGGAGCUCAUGCGGAAUAAAGAAAUAACAAAGACCACAAAGUUGGGAGAAUAAAGUGAUUUUACUUAUAACUGGCGAAGAAAUGUAGAGAUUUGAAUAAAAUAUUCAAUACUUAUGUGUUAAAUUCUCCCAAAAAUAUUGUUUAAAACCCUGUUGAUUUUAGCCUGGUGUUGGUGGUGAACAGCUUUAAUCCCAGCACUCGGGAGGCAGAGGCAGGCGGAUCUCUGUGAGUUUGAGGCCAGCCUGGUCUACAGAGAGAGUUCUAGGACAGCCUCCAAAACAAUACAGAGAAACCCUGUCUCAAAAAACGAACAAACAAACAAACAAACCCUGUUGGCUUUAGACAUAUUCCAACUUAAUCUGUUUCAGCAGUGAUUACAGCACCUGACUGCAGCUGUCAUCAGAUUUACAGAGCGACAGCAUCCUACUGGGUAGGCCUCAUGAGGGAGCAAGUGAGAAGACUUCCAGAGUGGCUGGGGACUAAGGGACCCUGCAGCAGAGUAACCUCAGGGAAGAGAGAGGGAUGGCUUUGCUGAGAUGAGAUGCAACCAGAUCACCUGGUAUCUUCCACUCGGCUUUGCCAUGAGUACAGCAGAGGAACGAUGAGCAGUGCCUUGACGUCCUUCAUUCCCUCACGCCUACAUCCUAGUAAUCACAGCUGUUCCUGGUUAUCCAUCAUCAGAGUUAGGAAGUGUAGCAGUCAACUGAACUUGCUGGGUAGAAAGUUAGAAGACAACACAUCACAUACCUUCUAUCAUUGAGUUUUGUUUAAAAUGGUAUAUUAACAUGUAAGUGUCAUGUGCACAUUAGAGAAAACAGACCUGAAUAAGCCUCAAGAUUACACGGCAAAGAGAGCCUGCUUCCAGCUUUAAUUUCUGUCACAGAUCAUAACAAAGAAAGGCUGCUGUGAAGGAAGUUUCUGUUUCUUAAAAAUGUCUAAGAUGUGGUCAGCAAAGCACCUUGAAAAAGAUCGGUUUGCUGUGUGUAUGGGAGUCUAUGUUUUUGUUCUGCUUGAGGCUCUGCAGACCUAGUUAGUAAUUUCCUCAGAACACAAGAGGGAGAUUUCCUUGUGAAUGGAAGGAACCUUAAUGAAUAUGCAUUUGUGUUGUA